AUGAAUGAAAAGAUUUCGAUGCACGUAGAAUACGAAAAAAUGAUAUGUUCUUCCAGAAUGGUGCUAUUUUUUACACCAAAUGAGGGCUCUGUUGGGAUAUUUGAUGUUAUGCGUUGCAAGUCAUCUACCAUUUCCUUCACAUUUUCUAUUAGAGAUGUUGUACUAACUGGCAAGUAUAUUUACAUCCUAGAAGAGAACAAAAUUCAUAAAUACUCAUCAAAAACGUGCAAGCCCCUUUCAAGAAUAAUAAUUCCCGGGUUUAUAGGCUUUAUUGAGCUUAAAAACCACAGUUUCCUAGUGUAUACAAGGGAUGAAGCAAUGCUUUUCAACGAUUGUGCAAGAACUGAGUGGAAGAAGAAGUACGAGCAUGCACAGAUCAUUGGGGAAUUCCUGGUUGUUGUAUUUGCAGACAAAGUGGUUGUGUAUAAGAGUCUUGACGGAGAGAUAUAUUCAAUUUCAAAGGAAGAAUUUGAGGAGAAGUUCUAUCCAAUAUCUAGAACAUUAGAUCCAAAGAGUGACCUAAAAUGGAUAUCAUUUUCGAUCAGCAACAAAAAGUUAUAUUUAUUAGCUGAUGAUAGGAUAGUUGGCAGGGAUUUGAAUGUGUACCUGGAUGCUUUGAACUGCCAGCUAAAAGAUUUGCAAGGCGCAAAGAUAAGGAAGUUCCAGUGUAUUUCCAAGGCCUUAAUUUUACUAGACGAGUUGCAGACGAGUCUAUACAUGGUUCCAAAAAGCUUAGAAAAUGUCCUCUUUACAGCAAAAUGCAGUGAUUUUUAUUAUAAUAGCACAGACAACACGCUUUUUGUGCUUUAUAGUAAGAAGUUCAGGAUCUUUGAGCAAAUAUCGGAAUUUAAACAGCAAUUUAGAUUGACCAACGAAAACACUGUUUACCAAGAAGCCGAAGAUGAGUUUGACGAAUCUGAAAACUCAAGCGUGGAUUUGUGUAUAUAG